AGUGAAGUCCGCGCAUGACAGUUGUCCGUCGCAUGCGAGAAGAAGUUUACCUUCCGAAACGGGUACAUGCAAUUACAAGGUGCGCAGUGAAGUUUGAGUAUUGUGCAACUUAACUUCGGAGCCGGUGGAAGUAUUUGUCAACAUGAAGAUUGUGCUUUCAAUAAUUUUGCUUUUGUUUGGAGUAUUGUCCGGUUCGGUAAAUGGAGAUGGCAGCGAUUUUAACAUCGACGUCAAGCAGAAGGACGCGGAGUCAUAUCACGAACAAAGUAAUAGCAACAAUGAGUUCAAUUAUGGCUACCAGGUUGAGAAGGUAAACAGUCAGUUCCAGCACAAGGUCAAAGGUCCGGAUGAUGUCACGUACGGCUGCUAUGGGUACAUCGAUCCGGAUAACGAGAAGCAUUUGGUUUACUACGUGGCCGACCGGAUGGGCUACAGAGUGGUGGCGCCAAAUCAACCGACAAAAAUUUUCACCGACCGCGUUUCCAACAGCAUUAACAAACUAAACAACGAUCUUAGCGGAAGAAACCUCGACCCGAAGGUGGUGGCGUGGAAUGAUCUCUAUCUUCCUGACUCCUGUAGAAAGCUCAAUGAGAUCCUAACCAUCACGAAACCGCCCAUAAACAUUGGUGCCAAUUUCAACUCUGCAAACGGAAACUUCGAUGCUGAAAAUUCAGCGUUUGUAGAUGUGAUUGCUACUACUUCUGCACCAAGGGUCAUUACUUCCACGUUCGCACCCUCGACUUCAAGUGUGCCAACCUCUACCUUCGCACCUCCGACUGCAAGUGUGCCUGCAUACACAUUUGCUCCCAGGAUACCUAGUAGUACGCAGGGUGUGAACACAACUAGUGUUCGGUAUGCAACAAUUCCAAACCUUCCACCGGUAAUUACCACCGCUGCCGCUACUACGACAUCAUUCUUAACGAAUAGAGUAACCCCACGAAGCACCGCAUCCACCUUCCGAACAACCUUCAGUACGCCUAAUCCUAACGGAUUCGGCUACACCGAACCAAGAAUCCAAAAAACCGACUGUGAUCAUAAAACCAUACAAAACCCACCGCAGCAGGUUCCAAAUCUGGGUCCCUUCAAUGGAUACGUUUAUCCGAUCCACGGUGACUGUGGAGCGUCGGCUUACAACGUAAAACAACUGCUAGCUCAGAUGGAAGCCCUUAAUGCUCAGGUUCUGGAACUGACAGCGAACAUCAGUACAUUACAACAAGCUAGCCUGACAGGAGAAAGUACAUGCUGCAAAAGCUGGCUUGAUCGUCAGCAGUUUCCUCUGCUCGUGUAUGUGCCCAUUAUAUUACCCUAUAUUGACAACUCCGUCCCCAGCAACGUGUCACCGAACUCAGCGAGCGACGCAUUCCGAAGGAUGUGCGAAGCGUGUAAAUAAAUAAGAUAGAAACUCGUGAACAACGCCGGUUGUGAACCACUUGACAUAGACCUUUUAGAGUUGUUAUAACCUUCAUGCGUAUUCGAGCUGCUCUCGCGUAGAGCGGUGAAUGCAAAUUGAUGAUUGUUUGUUAUACAAUAAUAACUGCCAUCGUUUGUCUGUGAUCGAAUUUGCGGUUGAUUUAGAUCGAGACGAUACACCGUUAAUAUACAAAUAGUUUUUAACGUU